GACAAGUGAGAUCCAGCCCGGCCCGACGCGCCUGUGCUGCGCUUCAUGGAUGCUUCAGCAGUUCAGCAUCCUCAGCCCUGCGCAGCUCAGCGGAAGAUAUCACUGUGACUCGGGACAGAUCUGAAUGCGCUCUCUCUCCUUUUUCAGGCUACUAUACACUACUUGAGUGUCGCGAGAGCUGCCAUGGCGAACAGAGGGCCCAGCUAUGGACUGAGCCGAGAGGUGCAGGAGAAGAUCGAGCAGAAGUACGACCCAGACCUGGAGCAGCGGUUGGUGGACUGGAUCGUUGGACAGUGCGGAGGGAACCUGGAGAGGCCGCAGACGGGCAGAGAGAACUUCCAGAAAUGGCUGAUAGAUGGAACAAUCCUCUGUCGGCUUAUCAACAGCCUUUAUCCAAGGGGGAAGGAUCCUAUCAAGAAGAUACUAGAGACACAGAUGGCCUUCAAACAAAUGGAGAAGAUCUCUCAGUUCCUGCAAGCAGCUGAAGCUUAUGGAGUCACAACCACGGACAUAUUUCAAACUGUGGACCUCUGGGAAGGAAAGGACAUGGCAGCAGUGCAAAGAACUCUCAUGGCUCUGGGGAGUGUGGCUGUCACUAAGGACGAUGGUCAUUACAGGGGUGACCGAGAGUGGUUCCACAGGAAAGCCCAGGGAUAUCGGCGAGAGUUCAGCCAAGAGCAACUCCGCCAAGGUCAGAGUUUGAUCGGCCUGCAGAUGGGCAGCAACCGCGGGGCCUCCCAGGCUGGUAUGACGGGCUACGGUAUGCACCGUCAGAUCAUGUAGACCACUUACUAACCUCCUCCCCUGCUUCUAGACCUUAUUUUGUAUUAAUACCAGAAAGGUUGUAGCCCCAAUAUACCUCCUUAUCCUCUCUAGCACCUGCCAUGUAGACCUCACAUUUCCCUGAAUUGCUGCUUUCCCAAACAGUGUUAUAUCUUUAAAAAAAAAAAUGAUGUCAAAUACGGUAGAUCUUCUUCUUCAACCUCUCUUCCUGUUCCUCUCUUCCCAUAUUGCCAUGUGCUGCCCCCCCCCCCCCGACCCCCAUCUUUUUACUUUCAUGUGGAACUCAAAGUCAUUUAUCAUCAAUUUCGUAGGCAAAUGUAAGAUUAAAAUCUCUUUACAAAAGAGCCAUCAGUGUAAUUUACAUUGUGAAUCUCAAAUACUGUGAGCCACGGUUACAACAUGCUGUAUGUGAUUUAUUUGUAUUUAUGUGUGCAUUUAGUUACAUUUAGUCAUAGUUUUAGGAUGAUCUGUACCUAUUUCCUUAUUUAGCCAUCUAACCUAAUGAACUCAUUAAGUUAGACAAUGUCUCUGCUGUCUUGUCCGAGGACGUUUUUGCAGUAUCCUCUGUAACCAAAUCAACCUCACGUUGUGCCUGGUUAUGGGACUACAGAGACUGGGCACUGAUAUAGUGGCCUAAAAAUAUAAACGAGCUUCAUUCAUUUUGAGUCAUGCCCUUGUUAUUUGUUUGUUAGAUUAUAUGUCCAAGCAAGUAAAUGUGCAGCAGCCAACAUGUUCGACAGUGAAGUUUCCAUUUCUGGUGCCGGGUGAAGACAUUGCUUGAAUGUGCACUUUUAUGUAUCGUCUUGUUUAUAUUUUUAAAUAUAUUUAUAUCUGGAGGCUUGUGAGAAGAAGUAUUGAAAAAAUAAAGAAUGUGAACAUA